AUGUUAGAAGGCAAAGCAGUCAUCGGCGAGACUGAUAUGCUCGAAUCCAUGCAGCAAGAUGCCCUUGAUUUGGCUGCCAAAGCCCUUGAUUUCUUUGAUGUCACUGAGGCCACCGAGAUUGCCCGCUUCAUUAAAAAGGAAUUUGAUAGGACUUACGGAGCUGGAUGGCAAUGCAUUGUGGGAACUGAUUUUGGUUCAUUUGUGACACACUGUUUUGGAUGUUUCAUAUAUUUUCAAGUCGGUAGCCUUGCGAUUUUGCUCUUCAGGGGUUCUGCAGCUGGUCAAGAGACUGAUGAACCUGCAGCAAACCAGUUUGCCACAUUAGAGACUGUCAAAACAUAAUGUUUUUAGUUAUACUUUCGUUUUCUGCAAUAUCUUUUGUAUCCUCUCUUGAUUAGUUGUGUGUAGACUAGCUAGAAGAACAAGAAAAAUAUUGAAGAGUUUCAAAUUCAAUCUUGUAUCCCUGUUUUCAUUUUUGUAUCCAGUUUCAAUAUUGGCCUGUGUGGUAUAUUGUAUAGUUUAGCACACAGAUGAUACCAGUAGAAAGUGGACAAUUUUUAGAAUUUCAGGAGUCGAUUUAAGAGAAAUUGGAGUUUAGAUUUGGUGAUUUGUUGAAUGCAUAUGUAAGAAUUAUAAGAAGAAGGUAAAGAAUCCUAGAGUUAUUAUGUUCAUGGUUGAAA